CCCCAAGGAGACAUCAUUCACUACAACGUCAGGAUCACCAGUGUUACCAAUGAAUCUGAGAUUUUUGUUCUAGUGGAAGGAGUAAAUGAUACCUUCCUUGAUGUGAAACCCUUUGUCCUAUCAGAUGGGGAAUAUUUCAUCCAGGUUCAAGCUGUAACGAAGGUAGGAGGAGGGAAUUUUUCCACCCCUGUCAUAGUCACAGUUCUGUUUGGAACAACCGAAAAUGCUACAACAGCCACGAAUCCACCUGUAAUUCAGUCGGCAAAACAAGAUGACACCGUGCUCUUUAGCCUCGCUGUCCUGCCAUCAUUCAUCAUAGUUUCAGUAGCUAUAGCUGUGUUUUCUCUCCUUUACUACCGAAGGUACCGGCGAAGGAAGAUGAAGAAAAGAAGAUUCAGGGAAACAAUUGCCAACCAUCAGAGUCAGCUACAGCACUCAACAUCUCAGCUUGUCACACCAGAUGAACCAACGGCGUGCCGCGAUUUGAAGCGUUGUCCCAGCAAAGAGAGAGAACAAAGAGCAACAAGUACAUUUUUGGAUCAACUCUAGUGGAAAAUUCAGCCUUAUCUCAACUGGAGAGUCUUUCUCAGCACAUUCCAAAAGAGAUACUUCUCACCCAAGACAAUAUCCAACUCUCAAAUGUGAUUGGAGAAGGUGAAUUUGGACAGGUGUACAAAGGCUACAUGAAAACAAAGUACCAGACUGAUGUAGUAGCUGUAAAGACUUUGAGAGCUCUGAGUUCAGUGGGUGAGGUGAAACUGCUCAUGAAAGAGAUAGUGAAAAUGGUCAACUUUGACCACCCCAAUGUGAUGACUCUGACUGGAGUCAUCCUAGUGGAGGGUGGAGCUCCUCUCCUGGUCAUGCCCUACAUGGUGAAGGGAACUCUCCUCACAUACGUCCGUGAGAACAAGGACCAGUUCUUUGUGGAAGAUGACAAUGCGGAGGCUGCAGAUCAGGUGGAUGAGAUUUCAAAAACUCUCAUUGAAUUCUCGAGACAAAUUGCACUUGGAAUGCAAUACCUGGCAAAGAACAAGGUUGUACAUCGUGAUCUGGCAGCAAGGAACUGUCUGCUGGACAUGUGUGGGACUGUCAAAGUGGCUGACUUUGGUCUGUCAGAGGACAUGUAUUCCACCAACUACUUUCGUCAGGGAAAAAGCAGUGUUGAUGCAGUUGAGACAAAAGUACCCAUCAGGUGGAUGCCUCUUGAGAGCAUUGAGGAGGGCCUUUAUAACGAGAAGAGUGAUGUGUGGUCGUAUGGAGUGACAGUGUGGGAGAUAUUCACGUGUGGGAAGGUUCCCUACCAUGGCAUCAGCUGCAUGGCUCUCCCUCGUCUCCUCCGUGCUGGAGAACACCUCGAGAAACCCUACAACACCGCCUGCUCUGAAGAAAUGUACUCACUGUUGUUGAGCUGUUGGAAUGCUGUUCCACAGCAAAGACCGAGAUUCUGUGAAAUUGUGAGCAAGAUUGACAUGAUGAUGGAGGAGAAGUUUGGGUAUCUCAGGAUGAACACUAACUGCAGCUAAUUGCUCUUCUUGGACAAUAUUAUAGUGGUAGAAUACAUCGCCUUCCACCCCAUUCGUUGACAGUGUUGUACCUUAAUAUGACUGGUCUGCCUUCUUUGUAGAUAGGUAGCUAGAGUCAUUUUGUGUCGGUGUAUACACUACAUAUUAUUAUUACUAGAAUAUCUGAAACCUAUAGCUACAUUUGCAAUUGUCAUGAUCAGAAUGCAAUGCUGUUUUGUGUGCCA